AUGGCAACCAAGAAGGCUCAGAAGGCCCUACCAGCAAAGCCAACGAAAGGCAAAGCACCCAUCAAGAAGAGCCCUCCACAAACAACGGCCCACAAAGCCCCGAAGAGACGGCGAGCUGCCUCACCCAAACCCAAAGAGCCAAUUCCGAUAUGGGACGUGGGUCUCAGUUCCCAAGCUGCCCGCGAGCGAAAGCGAUUCAGGCUCUCCCGUACAUCCCUUCACGACGACCUCGAUGAGGAUCACAUCGCCCAGCAAGCCAGCCUACUAAUGGGCGAGAGCAAAAACAGUUGGGGUGUGCCAGAGCGGAGCCCAAUCGAGGCUUCGAGACGUCCACGGCAGAAGGGCCGAAGCAUCAGGAGAUUGCGAGGCGGCGGGGUGGCAGAUGCCGAGACGGCGUACCUGGCCAUGUUUGAGGACAUGCAAGCCGAGCGAGCUCCCCCCCGCCGACCGAACUGCCCGUCGCGCUCUCCGAUACUCCGAAUCCCACUCGAGGUUCGGGAGGAGAUCUACGCAUACCUGCUCAUCUAUCCCUCGCCCAUCCAGGUGAUGGCUGACUGGACGACGUUGGAGCGCAACCCCUCCGCCUCCGCCGUCGACCACUCCCUGCUGUUGGUAUCCAGGCAGUUCGGGGCCGAAGCCACCAGCUUCAUCUACCGCAAUAACACCUUCCAAUCACUCAUCCGCAAGCCCGCGACUGCCGUCCUCCCUCGCUUCGGCACGCCCAUGACACUUCCCACCAGCUUCCACUCUCUCCUCCGGAAGAUCGAGAUCGAUUGUACAAAGGCCUGCUGGGACAUGGCGUGGCACGAGAGAGCAGCGAAGGGACUGGAUCGUCUCGUCACGGCAGGGGCGGUGAUCAACACCAUGACUGUGAUGCUCGUUCCCCAACGCGUCGGCAUGUCGAGCACCGCGCUCGAAGACGAAGCCAGCCCCGUGACGUUCGCGGACUUCUUGUGGUACCCUGGCCCCUUCAUGAGAGCAGUCUGCAGACUGGCGCCCAAGAAGUUGGUCGUCGUGGUCAAGAAGACUAGCAAGAAGAGAUUGGGAAUGGAGCUCGAUCUGACCUAUCUUCGCGUCGGCACCGUGGAGGAUAAUCUCAUGGCCAAUGAGGAAACGCUCAAAAUCAGGAAGGCUAGGUCAGGUACCUUGAAGAAGGAGUUGGUGGGAUUCAAGGAUCGCUUCGAGGAGAUAUUUGAGGAUGAUGAGUGCGCCGUUCGCGAAGGGAAGUGCUGGUUGAUAUCUACUGGCAACGGGGGAAUAAUGGGUGGCGGUACUCUGUAG